AUGUUGCCCGUAGAAAUAUUCCGUCUCGUUUUUGGGCUACUUUCACAUGACAAGAACUUCUUGCACUCGUGUCUUUUGGUAGAUCGAACUUGGUCUGAAAGUGUUGUCUCUAUUCUAUGGAGGGAUCCUUUUCGGUUUUUGCAGAAACCUUCGGCGCAACUCAUUCAAACAUACAUUUUGUGUCUGAACGACAUCGAUCGAGCAAAAUUGCAGGAACUGGGAAUUACUUUUGAAAAUGAGGCCUCGUACAAACCCUUCUUUGAUUACGUGAUAUUCUUACGACACCUCAAUUACAUUGACUUUUACGAGUCAUCUCAAGCUUGGUUAAAGGAGAUCUUGGGAGAGCAAGAAAAACAUGAUUCCAAAGCAUUUUUGGUGGUUGAAAAAUUGCUCCGACUUUUCAUGGAACGAUGUCCAACGAUUCUAUCGAUGAAUAUCAACACCGAGGGAUUGUAUCCACCUGAAAACACCGACUGCGUGUCGAUACCUUGUUUUCCUGGUGCCGACAAAUGUUUAAAACAAUUGCAGGAAUUUAUGUUUUGUGGAAAUUAUCAAAAGAAGAAAAUUUUUACAACCAUGUCAAGAUCGUGCCGAAAUAUUCGGAAACUAACAGUGGACUAUUUCUUGGACGACAUCAACACUGCGGCACCUUGUGAAUUAGCUCGUCUUAUUGAAAAUCAACACGCUUUGAUUGAAUUCAAACUUAUAUUGUAUUCCCGUUUUUUGAAAAAGAUUGUACCGGCUUUGAAGAGCCAAGCAAAAACAUUAAUCAACGUAGAAUUUCGAGGCAUUCGUUUUGAUAACGAAAUUACAUUUGAACCACUUGUAGCUUGUACUAAUUUAGAAUCCAUAACCUUUUACAAUUGUGACAACGUCACAAAUGAAUCAUUAGACCCUUUAUCUACUGGCUAUUUUCCUAAACUUCGAAAAAUAGUAUUUAUCAUACUUCACACACCACCCAAGGCAUUGGCGGCUUUCGUUUGUAACAAUAGUGCUACCCUGAAGGAUUUAUCAUUGGAAUGGCCACCACUUGGCGAUUCCCAAAACGAUCCACAAAUUAUUGAGGAAAUUAUAGAGCACUGUCCGAACAUAAUCAAAUUUGAAGCUCAUUUAAAAACAUCGCAAUUGUUCUCACUUUUGAGCGCAUUUUCUCGAUUGGAGAAUUUGACGGUUCGCGGUAGGGAACCAUUGUUCGCUGAUGGAUUUUUGCCCCAACUUGGCCAAGUAGUUCCGCCAAAAUUACGUGUGUUAAAUAUCUGCGCCAUUUGGUCAUUUAAUCCAGAAUCUUUAAAACAAUUUCUUGACCAUUGUGUCGCUCCACUAGAGUAUAUAGGAAUUCGUGAGUGUUAUGCCAUAACCGAUGAACAUCUGGACAUUCUGGCAGAAUACGCCGAGAAAGGGUCGUUAAAACAUCUGGAUAUUAAAGUUGCGACCAGAAUCACAAGGGAAGGAUUGACAAACGCACUCAGAGUGAUCGAUCAGAUUGAUCACAGUGUGGCAUCUUAG